GAAAUAGACUACUAAGUAGUUGGCCAAAAAGGAACUAGAGGGUGCAGAUGAAAAGAACCAGGUGCAGAAGAAGAAAGUCAAGGAGCUGAAGGUUAUUGAUUCAAAGUCCUCACAAAACCUGUCCAUUUUUCUUGGAUCAUUCCGUCUUCCAUAUGAGGAAAUCAAAAUCUGCAUCCUGGAAGUUAAUGAGAAAGUCCUCACAGAGUCCAUGGUUCAGAACCUGAUCAAACAGAUGCCCGCACCAGAGCAGCUAAGUGUCCUAGGAGAGAUGAAAGAUGAAUAUGACGACCUGGCUGAGGCUGAACAGUUUGGAGUGGUGAUGUCUAGUGUGAAGCGGUUGGGACCACGGCUUCAGGCCAUCCUGUUCAAGCUACAGUUUGAGGAGCAGUUGAACAACGUUAAACCGGAUGUGGUGUCUGUGACGGCAGCCUGUGAGGAGCUCAGGAAAAGUGCCUCCUUCGCCGAGCUGCUGCAGAUCAUCCUUUUUCUUGGCAAUUAUAUGAACGCAGGCUCCCGCAAUGGCAAGGCCUUUGGCUUUUCCAUAUCAUACCUAUGCAAGCUACGUGACACAAAAACGGCUGACCUGAAGCAGACACUGCUCCACUUUCUUGCUGAUGUGUGCAUGGAGCAGUACCCGCAAGUCAUGAGCUUUCCUGACGAGCUCAUUCAUGUUGAGAAGGCCAGCAGAGUGUCUGCAGAGACUCUUCAGAAAAAUGUAGAAAUGAUGGGUCGUCAGAUCAAGAACCUGGAGAAAGACAUCGAAACCUUCCCUCCUGCACAAAAUGACAAGGACCUAUUUGUGGAGAAGAUGUCGAAUUUUAUAAACGGUGCACGUGAACAGUAUGAGAAGCUGGAUCUGAUGCUUAAAAAUAUGGAGAAGCAGUACAACGACCUGGGAGAAUAUUUUGUUUUCGACCCGAGAAAAAUAUCUGUGGAGGAGUUCUUUGGGGAUCUCAACAACUUUAAGAACAUGUUCCAGCAAGCAGUGAAGGAUAAUCAGAGGAGGAAGGAAGCAGAAGAAAAAAUCAAAAGGGCCAAGCUGGCAAGGGAAAAGGCUGAGAGGGAAAAACAGGAGAAACUCAAAAAGAAACAGCUCCUGGACAUCAACACAGAGGGUGAUGAAACCGGCAUAAUGGAUGGCCUCUUGGAGGCACUGCAGUCUGGCGCUGCUUUCAGGAGAAAGAGAGGACCCCGGCCAGCAGGCAACCACAGAAGAGCCGGUCAUGCGGUGACCAACAUCCUGGCCAAAGAACUGUUGCAGGAAGACGAUCUUUCAUCAAGCAUGUCACCCAUCAAGAUGGCGAAGUUUGAUGAGAAGGAUGAGCACAAGAUAGAAGCGGGGGAUUCAUUAGAGGAGCUACUGGAAGCUGCGCCUCCUCGCUCCAGUUAGACUAUUUGGGCACAUUUUUUUGCUUUGUUUUCUUUUAUGUUUAAUUGCCACAUGCAUCUAAGCAAGUUUGCGUCUCAUUGCUGGAGCCUAUAUUGAUCUAAAAUCAAAGUUAACCAUCAUCACACACUUGCUGUAAUCUUCUGGGAUGAAAAAUGUCCCUCAUUCUACCAAUGGAGUUUUGCCACUUUUGUAAAGUUUUUGAUAACAUACACUGUUCCGCACUUGUCUAUACGUUUUGUCUGUUUCUUCACCGUAGUUCUUACCCACUUAAUUCGCAGCUCAAUCGUUAAAAGAUCGUCUCAGAGGAGGGAUUCACUUUUAUUUCCCAAAUUUUCUCAAACAACGUCAGGCACAUAAGAGCUGCUUCAAAUGAUUACUUUUGAAUGCGUCAUGAAUUGUCUAUAAUAGUUUUUGUAAUCUUGACAUGAUAUUGCUGUAUAUUGUUUGAUGUAUUCUACAUUGCUGUUUGUAAAUGCCAAUGAUUCCACCGUGUUGCUGGAAAAAGUGCCAAUGAGGUGGAGUCCAUUGUCAUUUCACUCAGUCACAGCUCGCCCAGUAGCAGCUCUCACAGUGGGUGAAUGAUUUUGUUCUCUUUUUCUUUUCUUUUUUUUUUCUUCUUCUUCAUAACAUCUAUAAGGGAUGAUGCACCUAAAGGAAACCGGCACAGUCAAAUGAUAUAAAUAUUCCUCACAAUUUGCCCGCUGUGUUAUUAUAGAAGGUUCUUGCACAGAGUAAGCAAAUUCCAAAUGUCUUUGCCUGGGCCACGUUAGUUUGGAAACACCCUUACAUGCUUUUAUGAGUGUGUAAUGCGAGUCGUCUAUUUUGAGUUCCCACUUAUGUGUGUAUGUGCGUGUUUUCUGUAAUUGUGGUGCCCACCACUCUGUCAUAAAUUCUAGGUCGCCAAUGAUAGAAUGAUGAAUGAAUAGACACCCCACCCAGCACUCAGCUACUCACAUUGAGACAACGGCAAAUAUGCAAUGUCUGUUAUAUUCCUAUGCAAACAACUACUGUAAUGUACUUUUGCCAUCUUCUGAUGACUUCCAACUGGACUAAUAUCAACUUGCUGAUUCAAGCGCUCACUCCUCAAGUCAAAGCUUGUUUACAAUAGGUGACAUGGAGGAGUGGAGAUGACGAAGGUGGGAUUGGUGUUCAGGUAGGUAAUCCUUGUUGUGGUCACCUGCUGGGGUCCCUAUUUUUUUGCACAGUUGUAAUGAUAAUGACACCCCGUGUCUCACCGAAGAACCCUGACCUGGUGUUCAGCUGGGGUGUCACUCUACAUCUGUGUGUGUGCAAGAUACUGGAAUAUGGCUUCUUUCAACAUUAAAGAGAGGGAGAUACACAAUAAAAAGGAAAGCAUCACUGGAAUGUAUGUUUUGUUCUAAUUUGAGUCCCCUUUACCUAUUUUAAACAGAUUUUUUGUUUAAUUUUACAGUUGAUUAUUUUUUUAUCUUGUGGAUUACAUGUGCUUUGCUCUUUUUCCCCCCAGAGAUUGCUUUAUGUAUUUAGAACGAUGCACAUUUCUGUUUGCUACACGGAACAAUUAAAAUGUCUUCAAGUAA